UCCAACUUCACUCGUGGCGCGCGCCGCACGCGCGUGGAGUUCAGGAGGUGGUGCGCGCGCGCUCGGCCGCUGCCAAGCUCUCCCCCCUCCCCCGCCCUUGCUCAGGGCGGCGGUGAACAUUUUCAUCUCUUCCUGGAUCAUCAUCCUAUAAACGCACCACUACCACCACCAGCACCACCACCGCUACUACCAUUAUUAGGUUUCUUCUCUUUCGUGCAUUUCCACUCCAAACGGAAUCAUUCCGGAGGGGGGGAGAUGUACGAUUGCAUGGAGGCGUUCGCCGUCGGGCCGCGGCAACUCUACGAUGUUACCAACCGGAGUGCUUGCAUGCUGCGGAAGUCGAGCAUCAGCCCAUGUUUCGUGGGCUUGGACCCUUUCGGGUGGCCUCAGCCGGCCAGCCUGCAAUCGGUGGAGACCCAAAGCACAAGUUCAGAGGAGAUGGUGCCCAGCUCCCCCUCUCCACCUCCGCCUCCACGUGUCUACAAACCUUGCUUCGUCUGCAAUGACAAAUCCUCUGGCUACCAUUAUGGGGUCAGCUCCUGUGAGGGCUGCAAGGGCUUCUUUCGGCGAAGCAUCCAGAAAAACAUGGUCUACACCUGCCACCGGGACAAGAACUGUCAGAUCAACAAAGUCACCCGCAACCGCUGCCAAUAUUGCCGCCUGCAGAAGUGCUUUGAGGUCGGCAUGUCCAAAGAAGCUGUGAGGAAUGACCGCAACAAGAAGAAGAAGGACGUGAAAGAGGAGGUGGUGGUGGAUAGCUACGAAAUGACACCUGAGCUGGAAGAGCUCAUCCAGAAAGUCAGCAAAGCUCAUCAGGAAACCUUCCCUUCUCUCUGCCAGCUGGGCAAAUACACCACGAAUUCCAGUGCAGAUCACAGAGUCCAGCUGGACUUGGGGCUGUGGGACAAGUUCAGUGAACUGGCCACCAAAUGCAUCAUCAAGAUUGUGGAGUUUGCCAAACGCCUGCCAGGCUUCACCAGUCUCAGCAUCGCCGACCAAAUCACCCUGCUCAAAGCAGCCUGCCUGGACAUCUUGAUGCUCCGUAUUUGCACCCGCUACACCCCUGACCAGGACACCAUGACCUUUUCAGACGGGCUGACCCUGAACCGUACCCAGAUGCACAAUGCUGGGUUUGGGCCUCUCACUGACCUGGUCUUUGCCUUUGCCGGGCAACUCCUGCCUCUGGAAAUGGACGACACAGAGACAGGUCUGCUCAGCGCCAUCUGCCUCAUCUGUGGAGAUCGAAUGGACCUGGAAGAGCCAGAGAAAGUGGACAAGCUGCAGGAGCCAUUGCUGGAAGCGCUGAAGAUCUAUGCUCGCCGUCGCCGACCCAACAAGCCUUACAUGUUUCCCCGCAUGCUGAUGAAAAUCACUGAUCUGCGGGGGAUCAGCACCAAAGGUGCUGAACGAGCCAUCACUCUGAAGAUGGAGAUUCCCGGCCCCAUGCCACCACUCAUCCGGGAGAUGCUGGAAAAUCCUGAGAUGUUUGAGGAUGAGCUGUCACAGCCCCCGCCACUGGCAGAGCCCCCCAGCACUGAGGAGAGUCCAGCUGAAGCCACGAGCCAUGAGGAGGCCCCCUAGCAUCUCGGGAGAGCCAGGAUUUCGGCUAGGAAGGGCCAGGAGAAAACCCCCAUACAUGUCUCUCCUCCGUCCUGCCUGCUGCCCAUUUCCUCUGAGACUCUUAUCCAUGCUUGCCUUCCUGCUCCAGGCCCAUCCGCCAGAGUCAGGUGUGAUGGCAGCACUCAAGACCAACAAGGAGGUGCCACAUCCCCUCCCCUUGGAGACUUGGGGGAUGCCUCUUGCCUUAACCUUUUCCUUUGGGGGCCUUGGAUGUAUAUUCUGAAGCCUUUGCCCCUCAGCCUAAAGCUUUGCCAAAGUUCCCAAAGGACCUGAUUAGUUCCGUCAGGCAUCCUUAAGCCAAAUGUCCAGGACCCAGAAAGCCCCCAAGGGGCUGAGACUUGGAGACCCUCCCUUUCAAAAUAGGCUGUGCUCCAAAUGUGCAAUUCCCUGCCCUGCACCAGUGAGAAAAAGGGGGCGCCUCAAGAGUGAAUCCAGAGACUCUGCAACACGUGGACCCUAUGCAAUGCCUCCUCCCUCCUGCCCAGUCCACAGUCUUGGCUGGAGGUCAGCUCUGCUCUCCAGCCUCCCACGCCUGCCAGGGCAUCCAGGCAUCUAAGACACUAUUUAUUCAAGUUUCUGAAGAGAGAGGGUUGGCAUGCCCUCCAGUACCCACUUCCCUCCCCACGCGACUGCCCCACUUAUGGGGAAUGGGAAGAGUGAAGCCAGGAAGGACUUCCGUGUUGGCAUCCCCACCGUGGGUGUGUUGAAUGUGUGCGUAUGUUCAUAUCCAUCUCUAUGGAUACCAGUGGGAUGUGGAUUUUUUUUUUUUUUUUUUUGCGAGGGAGGUGAGUCGUGGAAUUGGGUGGGGAAAGGGGACUUCUUCUUUUCAGCUGUAUAAAGUGCUAACAUUUUAUUCUGGAGGCAGAGAUUAAUCCCAGAGUGGGGUUUUGGGAGGGGGCCGCAGUCUUUCCCCCUGCCCCCCCAGUCCCAAGGCAGAGGGAAGUCAUGGUUAUGGGGCUUGCUGGGGAGGGGAAAACUGUAUCUGUUCUCGCUUGGGAUGCUUUUGACCCCGGUGCUAAGAAUUCUGGGAAAACAGACUCCAAAGGAUGCCAGAUACCAAAGAUAUCAAGGAAAGGGUGGAGGUGAGGGGUACAGAGCUAUAGACUUGAACCCAGUUGCCGUCCCUCAGGGCCCCCUUCUGUUUCCCCCAGGAGAAACCAGCUGCCCCUCUUCACAGGUCCAGUGGAAAAGGGGGGCACUCUUCUCGCCUUGGCUUCCCCAGCACUUUGAUGGGGUAGAAGGGGCAGACCGCUCCUGCCCCAGGAAAUGGAGCAUGUUGCUUUCCCCCAAGCCCAGAGGGGCCCGGCUCUGUUUCACCCCCACCCCAAUCCAAUGGACCAAAUAUCGGACGAAGCAAAUGCUUUCUCUGCUCACUCGAGGGCCAAAGUCGUUCUGCAGGCUCGCCUUGUUAUGCCUCCCCACUACUCUCUGCCCUAGCAAUAGGAAUCCAAUGCAACCCUAACACUACAAGGGGCAGGGGCAGGAAGGGGCAUCUCAUGAACGUCCUUUGCUGAUGUUGCACCAUUAGCAGCUGCUAUUCCAUCUCAAGCUUCGUCUCCCCCUCGCCCUGCAGAACCUUCCUGAGGAGAAAGGCAGGCAGCCACUUGUGCUGGGCUUCACAUCAGUGCCGGGGAGAGCAUUGGCUCCACUGCAGCAGGAGUGGGUUGUCCUUUCGCUGCCUCUGCUGCGGCUUUGGGAUGCGAGCCGAAAGUGCUGCUGCCCCCUGCUGGCCAUGAGUGGGGCAACACUUUUGGUGGAUUUAUUUAUUUGCCUAUGUUUACACCAGGGGGGUGGGAGGAUAGCAGGGAGAAGUGAUGCCUUCGCCCUACCCUAAUCCCAGAGCAGGUAGUGAGGGGUAGCAGUACCCCGAGGAACAAGGGGCUCUGCUCAGCUGUCUUGGUUUCUUCCCCAGUCAUGUUAAGCUGCCAAAAUUAAGUAAAUACCACAGGCCUUAUAAUGGGGUCUGUUUGUUUGCUGUGGGGCGGGAUGGAAAAGAGGGUGAAUCCCUUCCAUGAUGUUUACAGACCAGCUUUCCAUGGUAUUUUAGAGGAAUCUCUCCUGCCCCUGCACUCCCAGCUGUGCCGCAGAAAAGGGGGCUUUUCUAUUUUUGCAAAAUAAAGUGAUGGAAAUUCAAA